AUGAGCCCUGCUGCCCUGCCCUGGGAGCCAGGCACCACGCCGUCGGCAGCCGCGCCUCUCCAGCGAACGGCGGCAGCGGCUGGCGCUUCCCUGGUUCGAUUUGUUGAGAGCCAGCGAGCGCGCACGCUCCGCCGUCGCUUGCCGCCGCGCUUCUUGGUCUUGGAUCUCCGUCCUUUUGCUGUGCUGCUGACUGCUGACGCAAACGACGCGCGCGAGGUGGGCUGUUUUUUGGCUGGGCGCAACCAACAAUGCCAGUCAGCGGUGCGCAAUAAGCCAUCAGUCAUCAGGGAAGAGAAGGAAGGAAGCGCGCGCAUCAACCGCCACGACAACGAAGACGACGACGCGUCCGUGGUGCUGUUGCUGGCGUCGCUGCUGGCGCUGCUGCUGGCGCUGCUGCGCAAGGGCAAGGCGCGAUGGCGCCGCCAGCCCGCCGCGAGCCACGUUCGUCAGAGAGAGGGGCAGCGGGCAGCACUCUGGUGGUGGGCGUGGGUCGUGUGGCCGUGGCACUUCUCAGGCCCCGCGCCGAUCAUCGACGACCUUUCACACCUCAGGGGACGGAAAGAGAGCUGA